GGAGGGGAGGGGCCGGCUUAAAAGUCUCUCCUUCCCCUGUAGGGGCGGCCGGCGAGUUCCCUCGCGAGCGGACGGUGCCGGAGGCAGGGGCCGAACCUUAAAGUUCCCGGGGCUCCCUCCGGGGCCGCCCCCUUCUCGCCGAGGCAAUGGCUUCCAAACUCCUGCGCGCGGUCAUCCUCGGGCCGCCUGGAUCGGGCAAGGGCACCGUGUGCCAGAGGAUCGCCCAGAACUUCGGCCUGCAGCACCUCUCCAGCGGCCACUUCUUGAGGGAGAACAUCAAGGCUAGCACUGAAGUUGGUGAUAUGGCAAAGCAAUACCUAGAGAAAGGUCUUCUGGUCCCAGAUCAUGUCAUCACACGCCUCAUGCUGUCGGAGCUGGAGAACAGGAGCGGCCAGCACUGGCUACUGGACGGUUUCCCAAGGACAUUAGUUCAGGCUGAAGCCCUGAACAAAAUCUGUGACCUGGAUCUAGUGAUCACUUUGAACAUUCCAUUUGAGACACUCAAAGAUCGACUCAGCCGUCGUUGGAUUCACCCUCCCAGUGGAAGAGUGUAUAACCUGGACUUUAACCCACCCCACGUACCUGGAAUUGAUGACAUCACUGGUGAACCAUUAAUCCAACAAGAAGAUGAUAAACCUGAAGCAGUUGCUGCCAGGCUGAGACGGUAUAAGGACGCGGCAAAGCCAGUCAUUGAACUGUACAAGAGCCAAGGAGUGCUUCACCAGUUUUCUGGCACGGAGACUAAUAAAAUCUGGCCUUAUGUUUACACACUUUUCUCCAACAAGAUUGCACCUAUUCAAUCCAAAGAAGCAUACUGAGCCUGCCCAAUGGAAGAGCCAGGAAGACAUGGCCGUUCAUUCAGUCGUGUGUGUAGUAUUGGUGCCGUGUCCAAAUUAGAAGCUAGCUGGGAUAGCUUGCAGCAUCUUUUCUAGUUUACAUGGUGAACUGAUAGGAAAACUAAUGAGUAGCACGAGCUCAUGAAGAGGCCCUCCUCUGCCUUCCAAAAGAAGGCUCGCCUACAUGUGCUUAAGGUGUCUCCACACAUGUCCAGCCCUUCCUGCGAAGCAAGUGCAGGCUGGAAUUCAAAGGGUGCGGAAGCUAAGUCUGGCCGACUUCAGACAGCAGCACCUUCUUUUGCCCACAGUGGCAGUAGUCUCUGGUUGUCCCGGUCCCCAUGUCCCCAUGCUGUUGAACUGCCGUACUCGUUCCGAGCUUUGUCUCAGGUUACCUGGCAUGUGUUCCCCCUAGUGACAAUGGAAUGGAAGCUGUUGCUCUCAGUGGUUGCUUCUCUGAUCUUGAGUGACCAUGCCCACAGGUCCCUCUGCCCCCGUAGGAGUGAUUCCUCCUUUUUUACAUCCAUGCAUAGGAUCUUUGCUUUUCAGACAUUUAGGAGGUAACAAUUUGGCUUCUAUUAAUUUUUAGAGAGUAUUUUGUUUUUAAACUUGUCUUCCCUCAUUGUAGCCCAUCAAAUAAUGUGAGUAGAUAGUGAUCACUUUUAUUGCUUUCCAGUUUCCCUAAAAACUGAGAGCUAGGGGACUCCAUUGAAUUUUUUCCUGUACUUCGAAUGGAGCUGUCAGAGGAUCUGACUUAAACUGCAAGUCUGCCUCUCAUGGGCUCACACUGCUCCUUUCUUUUAUUAUACCCCUAAGACUCUUUUAGGGAACCUCCAAAAAAAAGGGGGGGGGAAGCAUUCACCUCUGUAAAUUUUGAAAGAUCUUGGUAUAGAAAUAAUAAGACCAUAAGGAAUUACUGGACUAAUAGCAUAGGUAAACUUUGUAUUCCUGAAACAUUGUGUUUUGAAAAUGCUGCUAAAUGUUGAUGCUGACAGUAUUUUUCUCCUGUGAGUGAUCCAGGCACGUUAUAAACAGUUAGUGAAGGGAAUGAAGCCUUCAGGGGUGAGGAAAAUGUUGCACUAGCCAUGCCUAGACUGAAUGUGACAGCUUUACGAUUACGGAAAAGCAAAAUCUUCAGUUCUUUUCUAUUCCAAAGAUUCAUUCCAUGGGGUGGCCCUAAAGUCUGGAAAUAUAGAUACUAAUAUUUUGUCAUGUAUUAUAAUGUAAUAUCAAUAAACCAAGACUUGCCUGGUUUCUGGA